CAUGUUCCGCGGAAAAUCCAAGGCUUCCGAUGGCGAGUGCUCCCGCUUCCGACCCUCCCCCUUCAGUGGAAGAAAACGACUCCUUAGAACGCAGUACUAAGCGAGUGAAGGACGAUAAUCCCCCUCCCCCCACCCCCCUAUCGAGUGCUGACCCCCUUGCCCCGGCGGUUGCUUCUGUUACACCAAAAAGUUUCAGAGACACGUUGCUUGAUGGACGUUCUGAAUUCACCCCCUCCUUCACCACACUGGAGGAGCUUAUGGUUGCAGGGAAUACAGUUCAGACGGAAACUCUAAUGGCAGCCGAUGAUGCUACUGGGAUCCCUAAAAAAUCUAUUCCCAAAGCAUUUAUUCCAAAGAGUAUAUGGCAGAAAUUCUGUGCACCAUGGAAGAACUCCUUAAUUAUAAAAUUACUGGGGAAAUCGAUUAGUUAUAAUUUGUUGUGUACUCGAUUAUCUCGUGAAUGGGGAUUGGAGGGUGAAUUUGACAUUAUUGAUAUUGGCAAUGGUUAUUAUGUUGCUAAACUUUCCUCGGCAGAGGACUGUUCUAGAAUCCUCACAGGAGGUCCCUAUAAAUUCUUUGAUCAUUAUCUUGCUGUCCAACCUUGGAAGCCAAAUUUCCAGUCUUCAAGAGAAAAGUUGCCUAAAACUGCAGUUUGGGUCCAUCUUUAUGGAGUGCCAAUUGAAUGUUUUAAUGAACCUGCGGUUUUGUAUUUGGGUAACAAGAUUGGUAGAGCUAUUAAGGCUGAUCGGACGACUCUUCUCGCUGCCAGAGGUGAAUUCGCACGAGUUUGUGUGGAGGUUGAUUUAAAUGAAUCCUUGCCAUCUAUGAUUGACUUGGAUUUAGAGGAGCUUCCUCAAUCUUUAAUUCUUGUUAAAUAUGAAGGGCUUCACAAGAUUUGUUUUGAGUGUGGUGAAUUUGGCCAUAAGAAAGAAAGCUGCCAUUACAAGAUGCAGCAGCAGCAACCACAACCGCAACCGGCGACAGCAAAAGGUGUGGCAGUUGCCCACGCAAACUCCAGGGCGACUUCCUCGGUGGAGAAUAUGCAAAUCCCGAAUUCAGUGGAUAACUGUAUGACGUAUGGCUCAUGGAUGGUAGCUAAGCGCAAGUCACGGAAGGUGGCAAGUAAACUGGGGUCUCCAAUUGAUAACACUUCUUCUAUGGGAAGGAAUCCUAACCAAAUUGGUAAGGUUCCUCAUUCUAAUGAUUCACCCAAGCCGAGAAAUAAGGAAUGGGAGGCGACUGUUAGCAACAGAUUUGGUACCAUUGCUAACGAGGAGGAAUCUUCGGGUGAGAUCGCAAAACUAACGGGAAUUACAUCUAGUGAUGAUCCUGCAACUAAGGAAAGUGGAUCUGGACAGUCUGAUAUGGAAUUAGGCCCUGGUUUGGUUAAUGGACCUCAGCUUGUUGUUGUUGAGCCCAUUAAUAGUGGGGAUGUGAGCAUUCAGGCCCGCAAUAGAACAGGACGACGGAAAGACAAAAAUCAAAAGACAUUGGGGCCGAUCGCCAAAAACUCUAAGGCCAGAUCUAAGCCUUUGGAUCCAAGCAUGAUAAAGAGAUCUUUAAAAGAGGAUUCACGAAAGUUGGCCGGGGUUGCUGCUGCUCCCUCUUCUUCCCUUUGUCAACCUGCUCAGCUACUUGCUGGUUCUGGUGUUAAUUCAGUUACUAGUAGCGUGGGUAUACCUAGUUUGGCCCUAGUUCCACCUACUUUUUCGGGUGAAGCACAUGAGCAUGGUUUGGGGAACAUUGUGGCGCUGAAAUUAAAUACAAUACAACAUCAGAAUGGAGUAGCUAACUCAGUUAUGGUUUCUAACCAAGGUGCUGAGCCUGUAGCGGCUGUGGCACCACAUACUAAGGCUGAGUUUGGUUCAAGGGCUUUACAUUUCAUGCGUCGUUAUGGUUAUACCUUUCAAUUUCAAGUUCCAGCUUCAGGCUUUGCGGGUGGUUUAUGGCUUUUUUGGAAAGGUACUGUUCACCUUUCUGUAGUUUUUUCUACAAACCAAGCAAUUCACUGUUCAGUCUUGCUCCGGGGAAGUAGUUUUUUCCUAACUUUUGGCUAUGUCCGGCCGCAAGAAUCCUUUAAAGAAGAGUUUUGGAGACACUUGCAAGAUUGGAAGGCUUCUCAUGCUGGAGCUUGGGUUCUCAUGGGAGACUUGAAUGAUGUGGCUUCCAUAGAAGAGGUCUCUCCUCGAUCUACUGCCAUUGUUAAUAGGACCCGACGUUUUCAAAGUCGUUUGGAGGGUUGUGGUUUAAUGAAUAUGGAUACAUUGGGGUGUAAAUAUACAUGGUGUCGAAUGAGAAAUGAAAGGCCUGUUUUACGGGAACGCUUAGAUCGUGUCUUGCUUAACUCUGAUUCCCAACUAUUGCUGCAGGGAGCCAAAGCUUUUAAUUUGCCAAGAACUUGUAGUGAUCAUCACCCCAUCAUGUUCGAUACGGACACAGCAGCCUCUUAUCUUCCAGUUAAUAAACCCACUAGAUUUGAGGCUGCAUGGCUAUCUAGAGAAGAGUUUAGUAACAUAUUUAAUGUUGCUUGGUCUCAGCACUCAAGUGAUCUGCCUAUAGCGAUUAGUAACACAAGAGAGGCUUGUAUUUCAUGGAGCAAAGCAACCUUUGGUGAUAUUUUUCGUAAGAAGCGUUUAUUGAAAGCACGAAUUGCUGGCAUCCAAAAUUCACAGAAUUAUCUUUCUUCCUCCAGACUGCAGUGUUUGGAAAAGUCUCUUUUGGAAGACUAUCAACAAGUUUUAUAUGAAGAAGAGUUAUUCUGGUUUCAAAAAUCCAGAGUAGAUUGGAUAGCUUCCGGGGAUCGGAAUACAUCUUUUUAUCAUGUCGCUACUAUGGUUCGACGAAAUAAGAACAAUAUAGGAGCCUUAAAAAUUGAUGGCGAAUGGUGUAUGGAGGUGGAUGGGUUAAAGUCUCAUGUUCGAAGUUACUUUGAAGGGCUCUUUGCUCGAAGGGAGACUUUUCCUCUCCUAGAAAAUCUUUCAAAUUUCCAGCCUUCUAUUUCUGUUGAAGACCAUCUAUCACUCACCCAACCAGCCACUCUAGAGGAGGUCCGAAAGGCUUUGUUUUCGAUGAAAGGACUCAAAAGUCCUGGACCUGAUGGGAUACCUGCCUUAUUUUACCAACGGCACUGGGAUACAGUUGCUGCAACCUUUCUUGAAUUUGUGAACCAAGCACUAUUAAAUGGGUCCUUUGAUCCAUCUUUAACCAAGGCUUUUGUAGUGUUGAUUCCUAAGGAGGAUUUACACGGUCGAAGCACAGUUGAUAAUAUCAUUUUGACUCAGGAAGCUGUUCAUUCUAUGAGGCGCCUUAAAGGAGGUCGUGGGGCUAUGCUGGUUGAGCUUAUCAUGUUCUCGGUAACCUCAGUUCAACUUAGUGUGUUAUGGAAUGGUGAGCCAUUGUCUUUCUUCAGUCCACAGAGAGGAGUACGACAAGGUGACCCUUUAUCUCCAUAUUUAUUUAUCUUGGUGAUGGAAAAGCUGGCUCAAAUGAUUCAGAAAAGAGUAGAUGAGAAGGUUUGGAAACCUUUUAAGUUGUCUCGAGGAGGUGUAGCUUUGUCCCAUUUAUUUUAUGCGGACGACCUUAUGCUAUUUGCACAAGCUUCUGGAGCACAAUUAGAUGUCAUCAUGGAUGUUUUGAAUCAAUUUUCCAAUAGCUCAGGUUUAGUUUUGAAUUUGCAGAAAUCUAAACUAUUUUUUUCUGCUAAUAUUCAAUCGGCAGUGGCAAACUCCCUAAGUACUAGAUGUGGCAUCCCUCUGACUUCUAAUCUGGGCUCUUACUUAGGCAUUCCGAUUAUUCAUGGGCGGCAUUCAUCUAAACACUAUGAGUAUAUAUUGGAGAAUAUGCAGAAGAAGUUAGCUAGCUGGAAGGGAGCUAAUCUGAGUUUAGCUGGUCGCAAGGUUUUAGUUCAGUCCGUCACAGCUUCAAUUCCAGCUUAUACUAUGCAGUCAAUCUUGCUGCCAAAUGCCACUUGUGAUGCCAUUGAUCGUUUAAAUAGAGACUUCUUAUGGGGCUCUGAUUCUAGAGUUAGAAAACCUCACCCAGUUAGUUGGGAGGUGGUUUGCUCUGAGAAAAAAUAUGGUGGGCUUGGAUUAAGGUCUGCUUGGGAUAAUAACCAAGCUUUUAUUGCUAAGCUUGGUUGGCGCAUCCUAAAAGGAGACAACGCCUUGUGGUGUAGGGUGAUGCAAGCUAAAUAUUUGCGUGGUAGAAAUUUCAUGGAGGCAGGCAACACGGUUGGGGCCUCUUUUAUUUGGAGGGGAAUUGUAAAAUGUCGUUCAGUACUCCAACAGGGAGUGCGUUGGCGAAUAGGCUCUGGAGAGAAGAUACGUUUUUGGCAGGAUGCUUGGGUAGGAGAUGCCCCACUUAUUAGCUCCAGUAAUGAGCCUCCUGCUCUCCCUUCUUUGCUGGUAUCGGAGACCAUUAAUUCAGACAGGGACUGGAAUCUUGAACUCUUGCAUGAAUUAGUUCUAGCAGAGAUAGUGGAGAAGAUAAGAGCAAUUCCACUAUCUCGAAACUCACAGCUCGAAGAUGGCAUUUUCUGGGCCAAUUCAAUGGAUGGUUUAUUUACUGUCAAGUCUGCUUAUCAGCUUUUACAAGCUCCAAGGAAUUCUGCAUACCACUCAACUGAUUCAUGGAAUUGGAUUUGGAAGUUACAUUGUGCCGAGAGGAUUCGAGUGUUUGUAUGGCUCUUGGUGAGAGGGAGAGUACUAACAAAUUCUGUGCGUUUUGCACGUCAUAUGGCUCCCUCACCUCUUUGUCCGAGAUGUGAAUCCUCAAAUGAGACACCUAUUCAUUUGCUGCGAGACUGCUUUUAUGCCAAAACCGUUUGGAGUUUGCUUGGUUUUGCAAGGUCUGAAUUUUUUACUCUUGAUUCCUUUUCUUGGCUCAAAAAAUUUUCAACUAUAACAAGAGCUUUCAAGCAGGCUGAGGUCUCCAGGGUGAUAUUGUUCUUAUCUGCUAUUUGGCUUAUUUGGAAGGAUCGCAAUGCAUUGGUCUUUCGGAACCAUCGAUCUCGACCGCAAGAGCUCUGUACUACAAUCUGGCAGUAUGCAAAAUACACUGAGAUAGCAAUGAGCUCUUCUUCUCCAGUUAAGUCACGAUUGCCCCGAUGGGUACGUUGGAUGCCGCCUAUGGAAGGCUGGUACAAGCUUAACUCAGAUGGGUCUUUCAAUGUUACUAGCAAUUCAGCAAGUGCAGGGGGUCUAAUUAGAGAUUUCUUAGGAAAUUGGAUCUCUGGUUUUGUGGUUAAUGUUGGCUGUGCAUCCAUUUUUAUAGCAGAAUUAUGGGGUCUUAGAGAGGGACUCAAGUUAUGCAAAUCACUUGGAAUUACUCGUGUUGUGGCCGAGAUGGAUUCACUUGUGGCAGUCAGAUCCAUAAUUGAGAAAAGAGAACCAGAUAAUUUGUCUGCGGCCAUUUUAAUGGAUAUUAGAAGCCUAAUGUCUGAAUUUGAGGAAUGCAUACUGCAACACGUUCUUCGGGAGGGGAAUGCAGCUGCCGACUUCUUAGCGUCCCUUGGGCAUUCUUCACCACCGGGUAGAAGUUUGUUGGAUUCUCCACCGACUGGCUUGUGGCCAAUCCUUACAGGGGACCAGCUGGGAGUUUCUUUCCUUCGUUUUUAGUUUCUCGUUUUAGUAUACUUUAAUUUCCUCUGAUGUAUCAAAAAAAAAAAUAAAAAAUUAUUUUGUAG